AUGCUAGACAACCGCUCUCUAGAUGUCAUUUCAAAGUUUAAAAGUGCUGUACUCACGAAGGUACAUGAAAGUGAAAACACAGCGACGGUAAGUUCGCUGAAUAGAGGAAGAAAGCUUCGUCAUGGGGCAAAGCAGCAAUCGAUGAAGACUAAGAUUGUUGACUAUGAUGGGUCUGGUCGUUUGGUUAUCACAAAUAACAAGUUUGAGCGCUCAUUUCAUCGCAGGAAAAUGCGCUGGCUGGAGUUUUAUGGUGCAAGUAAUGUCGAGCUUGACGACCCGGAGCCUGAAUCCGCCGAAUCGGAUGGAAGUUCUGAUUCCUCAGAUCUUGAGGACGAUGAAAAUGAUGAAAAUCUUUUUGAUGUCAUGCGAAUAAGUGAAAUCCUUGCGCCAUUAGGCCACCCUUCCGAAGUUGUCACACAUCCAGCGAUUUCCAAGACAUUUAAGCUGUCAUGUUUACCUACUUUAGCCUCGGAGUUCAUAGAGCUCAUCGAGGUCGAGCAAAAUACCUUGAAUCAUCUUAACAAACUUUUAAGAGUUCUUAAUGGCGAGGAUUGGUUUUACCUCCUAGAAGAACACCUUGGACUACCCUCUUAUGACCAUGGACUAGAUGAAUCAGAGCCCAAGAAUGAUGGUAGUACAAUUGUUCAGGACACCGAGGUCGGAGUCGCUCAAGAGCCGCUGGAUCGGCAAGAGACUUCUGAGAACAAGAAGAACGCUACAGGAGAAAAUUUCGACGGCGAAGAUCCCUUUUUCGCCCUUCCUCGUAGCCUAGCAAAAUAUGAGGACUUCCAGAAGCCGCGGUUUGAUGAUAGUGAUCCAGAGCAGGCGGAGAAACUCGAAGCCGUACAACAGGAUCUAACAAACUAUUUGCAAUUAAGUAUCCAGCGCCAACAAGAGUACAUCAAAAAUCUCACGACAAUUCGAAAUGGUAUCGUCAAGGCUGAUAGAUAUCGCAAUGAUUUGCAGCGUUGGGGGAAGGAGAUGAGUGAGCGGAAGAAUUAA